UCUUGUAACACAUUCAGAUAGCAUUCAUGGGGACUCCUGGAACAAGGUGGGAGUUAUAAAUCAUGGAGCACAGGCUUUUAUUUCUGGAACAUGUAUUUAAAGCUUACUAAAGUUGAGAAUCCAGAUCUAUCAAUGGUCUUUGCUUUUAAAAAAGAAAUAUAUGAUGAUGAUGCUGAAUUUGGCCUCAUUGCAGUGAACAAAAUCAGCUAGAACACAAGAAUGACUCGAAAUAAUACAGGAAAUUCUUCACACCAAAUUGCCAGAAACGUUGCUUACUGGAUAUUGGGGCUCUUUCUAUUGGUUUCUAUUGGUUUCAUUCAUUCAUUCAAUCAAGUAGCUACGAAGAAUGUUGGGAGAAAGAGUUGGGAAUGUUGAGGACCUCCCCAAGUUUUCUACUGAUAAUCCAACAUCACGUACUACAGGAAGCUCACGCAGGAAGGAGAGCAGAGCAAAUGGGCGCUGGAGAACUACAUCGGCAGGGUAUCAGUUACCAAUAAGCAGCCGUGUGGGGGAUUUUUCUUCAUCUCCUUCACUCAGCAGCACUCAGGUGGGAAGAUCUACACUAAACUUGGCAAAACAAUCAAGCAAGACCCAAGAAGAACAGCAAGAAAACUUGAAGGAUGAUCAGGUCCAACAGGACAAGAUCUGGAGAGAGUUUGUGGACGCUGAAAGAAGGGCAACCAAAUACUGGUAUCAGAACUGGAGUUUCCUAAAGGACUAUGAUUCAAUGGGCAAGAAAAAAGAACACAAGCCGCUCCCUGAGUAUGAAUCGGUAUUUUCAGACAGAAUUCCUAACACUAACAGUCGAAUUAUCGGCAGCAGAAUGAACACUGAUCUUGGCAAAACUCUGGUAAAAAUGGAUUACUUCUUCAACUAUGGAAGAAGAAAAAACAAACUUGGACAGGAACUCCAGCCUUCCUAGAAUAACAAAGAAAGCACUACUUUAAUGCGUUGUGGAUCAGGGUUCAUGGUAAAAAAUUUAAAAAUGCAAACUUUUUCUAGAUGCCACACUUCUAAAGGUGGAUAGUUCAAAUUCUAUCCAAAUAAGACAUCUAGAGAUUUAAAGAGGACAACAAAGUAUACUAAUAUAAUCAUGCAGGCAUAAUUAUGGUGAUUGGGUCUAAUACCAGCGUUUUCUGGCUCAGCAUUUGGAAACAUAGGGUGCUGAGGACUUACAAAGUUUGUGUUAGACAGCCAGGCCCAUAUCUACUGCCUCCACAACAUUUCAGCGGUUACAUUUGCCUCACAAAAAUUCAAAAUGUGCUUAAUCAUCUGCCCACCAUAAAGUUGCCACUCAUUUAACGAAACAAAGCAUAGAUUGCUGCAAAAAGUACAGGAAGUUAUGCAGAUGAGGAUUUCUCUAGAGAGAAAUAAUUUUGCUCAAGGGCCUGAAAGGUUAUGGUUCACUUCAUAUUUGACCUUGUGUUCCACAUAAGCCCUUGUUCUGACCUUCAGACAGAUUUAGCUAUCCUAUGUUUACUAAGCGAUCCGCAGUGAUUCAGUAGGAAACUGUUUAGGGUAUAGAAUCCUGGACAAAGUGGGUCCCAUCUCUCAAAUGAAAAGAGUUUUCAGGGAAGAAUUCAAAAUUGUUUCAAAAGGACUGUUUAUUCCAUUAUGAACCCGCUUGACCACUGCAGUCAUCUAUGGAGGUUCUGCUGCCAGGUGCCCUCACCUUCUAAGACUAGUCCAGCAGCAACCCAAGCUUAGUGACACCCAAACUCUUGGAGUCUCACCUCAGGGAAAUUCAUGUCCCUUUCUAUUGCCAUCUUCCACCAGAGGAUGAAGACUUUUGUGUUUCCCUUGGCAUUCCCUCAAUGAUCUUCUCCAGUGUUUUAACUGUUUUUAUAUUUUGUAUUCAUUUUAAGCUCUGGUUUUAAGUUGCUUUAAUGAUGUAUUUGUGUGCUGGUUUUAGUGGUUUUUAAAAUGAGAUUUUAAUUUGUAUGCCUUAAUUUGUUGGCCGCCUUGGUGACCUUAUGAGGGCAGAAAGGUGGGGUAAAAAUCUUGUAAAUAGUAAUUCAGAGAAGAGAGGAAACACUCUAUGGAAAGAUGGAUAAUCAUAUAAACCAUCUAUAAGUUUCUGCUGUCUCUGGUCAAGAACUGAUGGUCUUCCUUUUCUUUAAGGUAGCGGCUGUUGAUACAGAUCCUUUUAGGGAUCAAGGUAACAGACAUAAAUCCUUUACAUAAAUUCAAUCCAGCUAUAGAGGAAUGGAUGGGAAUGGGUUUAGAUUGUACACCCCAAUUUCACAUAGACUGCUUCCAUACAUAGGAUUUGGUCUGCCCUGGCUCUCAAACUGGAGCAG